GCUACCCUCACACUCGAAACUAUACACAACAUUUACACAAUGUUACCUGCUAAAUACCAGCCUGUUUUGCAUGAUGAUGACUGCAACUUAUGGCAGAAGGAGCCAAUCAGACAGAAUUUCAAGAGCCUUGAAGAAAUACGCCUUUCAAGGAAGCAAGUUGAAUCUAUGCUUCAAGACACCAUCAGUGUGAUCAAGGAAGAUCCAUCUUGGUGUGUCCUGAUCAGUUCUUGGUGCCUUGUCACCAUUGGUACCAUCCCAUCUUUGGAUGAUACCCCUUCGCUAUUUGUUCGGGUCUUAUAUGAACAUUAUCGAGAUAAGGAAAGGGGGGAUCUGGCUGCAAGAAAGAUGUUACGAGAGGGCCUAGAUAGGAUCCUCCAAAAAGAGCUUCAUCCUCAACCCAAGGCAUCCCAGGUUUUGAUGGAUAUGGAUUCUGAUAGCGAGGAUAAUUCUUCUGAGUGGGAAGAUUCACCAUCUGUUGUUGUGAAGCAGGCUGAGUCCCAUGAUGUUUCAAAGCCUCACAAAUCAAAGCUUCAUAAGUUUUGGCUAGAGUGGGCAGAGGCUAUUCAGUUGUAUUUUUUCAAAUACCAGGACUUAACUCCAACUCAGCUUCAGCUUGCAGAAGCAAAGGCAGUUGACACUCUCGUUACGAUCUGCCUGAUAGGGGCUUCUACAUAUCAAUCUAAAUUUUGGCCAAUUGAGGUCAAGAAAUCUUCCCUCUACCAGCUACUCUGCACAAUCUGUGCACCAGAUACUGUGCUUGAGCUAUCUGCUGAUCAUCUUGCAGCAAGUUCAUGUAAAUAUCAAUGGGCAGCAAGUUUUGGUCUAAUGUUGCAUCAAUGGACCAAUUCAAGUGCUUUCAGAGACCCUCCACCAGAGCCCAAGUCCCUGAAAAAUACUGGUGGGCGGUUUCUUGAGCCAUUCCUGCUGCCAGUCAACCUUCAUGUGUUGGUUUUCUUCUGGAUGAGGCAGCAUUUAUUGCUGCAUGUAACACCUGGCUUUACACUACUCUUGAGAAGCAUGGGCAUAAGGAAAAUUGAUUUUGACCCUGCCAAGCUUUAUCACAAGAUCUUAUCUGAGGUGGUCUCUGAGACAAAAUUUGACCCUACUAAAUUCCAAUCUACUCAGUUGCGCUGCAUCAUUGAAGAGACCAUUGCAUCCAGGGCAUUUUUGAAAUGUAUACAGCGUGAGGCAUUUGGGAGGGAUACUAAAGUUCCAGAGCAGCUUCAGAAGAAUAUUUCUUCUGAACAUCAGAGAUGUAACCCAUCCCGCUCUGUUCGAGACUCUGCUCCUCCACAGUCUGAAUCUCCACCACCUCCUCCUUCCAUUCCAGAUUCUUCUCACUCCACUUCCUACACUCGCUCAUCUUGUGAUCAAUGCUCAGCUCUACCUUCUUCUGAACACUGUGUCUUGCUUCUUAAUGUUAAAAGACGGACUGAUGUCCAAGACCUGUUUGAAUCCUUGGUCACCUGUGCCCCUUCUGAUGACUGUCUUCCCCUUAAUCUCAAGGAGGGUCAAGCAGAUGACCCUCACUAUGUGCACCCUCACAAUGAUUUGCAUCUGCAAUGUAUGGCAUUCCGUCCUGAAGUAUAUGCUUGCUGCAAGCGCGACAUUGUACAAAUGAUUGAUGUUGAAACUGGUAAAUGUGUUGGAGGUGUUAUCUUUAAUGCCUUCAAUGAUGCCAGCCUUCAAGAGAUGUGUGAAAAUCACAAAGCUAUUGUACACAAUCCUAGUGUACAACAAGGUGAGGUUUUUCAGAAAUGGGCUUACACAGGUAAAAUGGUGCCUGUUGGAUCACGGCUAGCCAAGGGUGGCCGUCGUGGUGAUGGGUAUAGCACAUACCCCCUUUUAUGUGGUGACUCUGAAGAGCAUAUUCAUCCUAUAUUUCGUCAUGCACGUGAUGCUGGUGCACUUCUUCAAAGUGUGAAGUAUGCUGCUCCUCAUGUAGCCAAGGAUAUCAAGGAGAAGAGUGCAGCUGCUGAAAUGAAUCGUCUUGGUACCAGUGGUGCCAAUAUUUUCUACUGCUCCAAUUAUCUUAGCCCUCAGCACUUUGACCAUGAUGCCUCCUGGUCCAUUUGUUCUCAAUUGGACAAGGCAGGAACUGCUGAUGAGUGGAACUUUUGUUACACUGAAUGGGGUGCAUACAUGCAAACUCGAGCAAAUACAGUUUGGUGGUUUGAUUCCAGCCACCUUCAUGGCACCAUGGCACCAGCUGCCUCUGUUAUUCAGCAAGCAAAGCACCUUCGUGGAGGUGCCUUGUCUACAGGAAACCAUCUUACUGCAAGGAAAAGGGAUAUGCUAAGGGCUCGUGCAAUUGCAGGCAUGCGUAGGCGAGUUGCACAAAGGGAGCAGUGGUGGGAAGAUGUUGUUAUAUGA